AUGCCAUUUGAUACGCUCGGUCUUAUGGGUACAUUUCGCGAGGUGGCUCGGAGUGGUUACGAGCCACAAAUCGACCAUACCAAGGCUUUCGGUGAGCAUGUGAAUCAAAUCAACGACAAAUUGUACAACUUAUUGUCCAGUCGUAUUCAGGAUAGACUGUGCGCGUGGAGUGUUCGUCCGCCCACACCCAGUCCGGAAAUUCGAGCCAUUUGCCGCGCACUGACUCGAAUGGUCGAAAUGAUCAACGACGUGAUGCCCACAGACAUGUUGACCCCGAUUCUUUUGCGAGCACAUGCGGAAUUCAAAACUCAAUUGCGUCGCCGACUGGGUGAAUUGAAUAUUAUAGCGGACGGUGGACCAAUGCAAAGUUUGGUCGAUCUUGAACUCACAUUCUACACGAACCAAUUACGCGCCCUGGUACCCGAACUGUCCAAAUUCGAGGAGGACUUCUCUGAUGUGUGGCCAUCGACCUGA